GUCAUCACUUAUAUUGGAAAAGCAUUCGUUGGGCGCGAAGUAGGAGAUUGCGCGUCUCCUUCCAGCGGACAGCAGCUAGAGCGCGUGUUCGCUCGUUCUGUACUUCUUCUGUGGAGAUACAGGCUCCAUGGCGGCUUCGGAGCCAGAGGGCAGCUGCAGACAGUGUAGCACAGAGUCCUGCUGGCCCCUUCGGCUGAAGGGAUGAGCAGCGCCGCUGGAAACAGCGAGCGAGUGCAGAAAGUGGCGCUGAGUUGAGCACCCAGCUCCUCACCCCCGUCCUGUCGCACUCGUGACCCGUCACCACUAACACUCGGCGCUCCGCUCUCCUCGCUGUCAGCAACCCUUUGCGGGAUGGCUUCAGAGAUACCGCCGCAUUUUCGGGCGGCGCUGAACCCGCGGGAGCUGCCGGCGCACCGAGUGGAGCGGCUGUGGGCCCUGCAUGCAGAGCUCACCACAGGACCCGGGCUGGCCCACGCCGCGCCCUGGCUGCCCGCCGCCUGGCCGCACCUGCUGCAGCUCCUCAACGACGCCCACCCCGACGUCCGCGCCGCCGCUGCGCCGCUGGUCGGACACCUGGGCGCCGUACUUGCCGGCGGCAGCAGCAACCACAGCGCCCCCGCUGCAGCCGCCCCACACCAUGCUGCUCCCGCCACAGUCCUGGUGCCGGUCGUGCAGGUGCUGACGCCCGUCUUGGGUCCUGCCAACCCCCGCCUCGUCUACGCCGGAGUGCACCCCGCCAUGCCGCUGCCGCACCUGCAGCCGGGCGCCCACGUGACCCACAUGCCGCACCUCCUGACCCACAUGGCCGCCGCGCCCAUGCAGCGGGCAUCAGCCCCGCCUCCUCCCCCUCCCCACCAUCCCCGGCAAGCACACGCGCACGCGCACGCGUACCACCACGCCGCCGGCUCCGCUGGCGCCUCCUUCCCAGCUCCGGCCGCCUCAGCUGCGGCCUUUGCCGCGUCGUCCCCCGCCUCUGGCACCUUCAACCCACUGUCUGGCCGCCUGCCGCCCACCGCGCUGCUGGACUGGGCGCUGGCGGUGCUGCCGCCGGACUCCAAGGUGGCGGCGGCGCAGCACAUGCGGCCCGAGGCCAAGGCCUCGGCACUGGGCGCGCUGGGCGCCUGCGUGGCCGCCAUGCCGCCGCCCGCGCUGGCGCCCUACGGCGGCCAGCUGCUGCGGCUGUGCUGCGGGCUGCUGGAGGCCGCCUCCACGCCGCCGGCGCUGCUGGGGCCGCUGCUGCGGCUGCUGCUGGCGGCGCUGCCGGGCGUGCCGCUGUCGGCGCUGGGCCACGCGCUGAGCGACCUGGCGGACCUGCUGUGCGGCUGGGCGCUGGAGCCGGCCAUGGCGGCGGCGGACAGGCACCUGGUGACGCUGGUGCUGCACGCGCUGCGGCCGCAGUGGCACAGCCACCCCGCCUUCGCGGCUGAGCUCACCUGCAGCAUGGCCAACGACCUGACCGCCGCCGCCGCCACGCUGGCGGAGGCCGUCGGCUCCGCAGCUGCGGCUGCCGCAGCUACAGGCGCCGAUCCUGACCCGGCCGUUGACGUGCUGACGGCUGUAGCAGCUGCGCAGCAGCAGGCUGCCUCUUGCGUGUUACUGCUACAGCUACUCGUGGAUAUCAUCUCCGCCAUCUCCCUGCGGCCCCCGCCGGCGCCGGACGCCGCCGAUGCAGCCGCGGGCGGCGCGGCCUCCGCACUGCUGCUCACGCGGCCGAGCGCCGCAACCGCGCAGAACCUUCUAGAGUUGUACCCUCAGCUGCUGGCCACCAUGAAAGACGUGACCGUGUCGCUGUCACAACUCGGACAGCUGGCCGAAGCCACAGCAGGAGCGGCGGACGCGGGUGGAGGCGGCGCCUCGGAAGGGGCGGUUGCAGCGGUUUGCCGGUGCGUUUCGGUGCUGGCGGCGGCGGCAGCCUCGUGCACGCCCGACGGAAUGGACGCGCGGGACGUGGCAGAGGUGUGGGAGGCGCUGAAGCGUGAUGGCGGCAGCGGUGCUAGUGGUGCCAGUGAUUUGGCGGCUCAUCUUGAGGCAUUAGUGCUGGACGAGCCUGGUGCCGGGGCCGCUGGUGCUGCGGCGAAGCAGCCGGCAGCAGCAGCGACGGCGGCGGUUGGGGCCGAGGGGCCGGUCAGUGCCGCCCUUCGCGCAGCGGCAGCUGCAACAGGAGGCGAAGCAAACGGCAACAGCAGCAGCGCCGGCAAAGCGUCAGAUGGAGCAGGAGAGUCAGCUGCCAGGAGCCCAGAGCAGGGCACGGACGAAAGCAGGCGGCGCUGCGCCGCGCUGCGGGCGUGGGUGCUGCGGCUGGGCCUGGAGUGGUCCAUGAGCGCGCUGGCGGCAUGUGCCUCAGGUGCUGCCUCAGGCGCCAUGGCGGCAGGUGGGGCGGCAGGAGGCGCGGAGCUAGCCGCUGCGACGGAGCUGACUGUGCAGCUGCUGCGACUGGCGGCAGCGGAGUUGGCGGGCUGGCCGCAGAGGGCAUCGGGCUUGAUCCUGGAAACGAUCCUGGACGGCCCACGAGGUGGCUUGGAUGGCCGCGGCGGUGAGGCGCAGCCCGGUGGGCUUAGGAAGCUGCGCGCUUCCGCGCGCGUGGAGCAGGUCACCGCGGCCGCCAAGGUGCUUCAGGGCGCGCUGACUGCACGCGCUGACGACAGCAACAGUGGCAGCGGGGUGAACACUGGCGGCGAUGAGGGAGCGCCUGUCAACACGGGCGCUGCCGCAGGCCCCGUGGCGGCCGCGGCACUGGAUUGGCUCUUGGAGGACCUGGCGUCACAAAUGGCAUGGCCGUCGGUGCCGCCCGCGUUGCCCGCCAAGUCGUUGUCGCGUCCCGCGUCACACCAGCAUCUCAUGCAGCGCGUGGCCAGCAGCGGUGCAGUGGCCACCAGCGGCGCCCCGGCCGUUGGGGCAGGAGCGGGAGGCAAUGCCGACAACCGCAAAUGCGCCGGUGACAUGGCGGCUGCUGCGUUCGACUGCGCUGUGCUGCAGGCGGCGUGCCAGCGGGGAAUGCUGCCGGUGGCAGAGGCGGCGCGGGCGGAGGCGGCUACCUGGGGUUUGGUGACAAGUUGCGCGGCAGCAAUGGCGAGUGCGGUGGCUGCGCCGCUGGCGUCGGUCCUGUGUGCACUGUUUGACGCCUGGGCGUCAGCGGGCUUGUGCGUCCUUGUCGGCCUGGCGAGCCAACAGCACCAAAGGGGUGGUGGCGUACUAGCAUCCGAUGCGAAUGCGGCGACACGAGCGCUGCGGGCGUGCUGCAGCGCCUAUCUCGGGACCCUCCACUCGCUGCUGCUACUGCUGCCCCGCACCGUUGCAAGUGUAGCUGCCACGGGCGCAGCCGGUACCGGCGCGUCUGCAAGCACCAACCUCGGUGCACUUCUUGUUGCCGCCGGUGCUGGCGGCGGUGGCGGCGCGGUGCUGGCGGCGCUGCAGCUACGCGCGGUGGCGGCGCUGCGGCGGCUGCUCGCACACCCUGCCAUGGCCUCCGCUUCCGCAUCCGCCGCCUCCGCUUUCGCGCCGCUGCGGUUGCGCCGUCUGUUUGCGCAGGCUGCUGAAACCGUGGUGGCAGGCAUGGCCUCCGCCGACGCCAGCGUCCGUGCCGCCGCUGCUGACUGCGGCGUGGCGCUGGCAGCGCUCACGAGCGGCGCUGCCGCGCCGACGGCCACACCGCAUCUGUCGGGCCCGGCAUCAUCGUCAACAGCAACACUCCCAACGCUGGCGCUGCCAGCGGAGGCGUACGCGCCACUGCUGGCGGCGGCCUUGGAUGGGCUGGCGGACACGUCAGCACCGGCGUCGGAGGCGGCGGCGCGGCUGGCGGCGGAGCUUGCGGAGGCGGCGCUGGUGGCGGCGGCAGCGGCGCGCGUGCCCGCGUCCAUCGGCGCGUGGCUGCCGGACUGGCAGGACGAGCUGGCUUUGGCCCCACAGCAGUGGGGCCUGCGGCCGCCGCAGCUGGUGCGACUGAUGGAGCUGCUGUUUGGCCAGGCGCCGGUGGCUGUGGCGGUGCCCACCGGCGCGGCGGGGCCAGGCGGCACGGGCGGCGGCGGCAGCGCCCUGCUGCUUCGCAAGCGCACGCCAGGCGCCCCGGGUGGUGGCGGCGAUGGCGGUGGAGGUGGUGGCGGGGGCGAGGAGGACGAUGAAGGCGCCGGUCGCGGGGGCGGCGGUGGUGGCGGUGCUGGUGCUGGGGCCGGGGUUGGAGGCGGCGGGGCGGGGGCGUAUGGCGCAGGGUCCGGCGGAGGAAGGCUGGAGGCGCUGCAACGCUUGGCGCUGGCACUUCAGCCGCUGGCCGGUGCCCCGUCCGCUUCUUCCUCCAUUUCAGCCGGGACAGGGGCCGCAGGCGGCGGCGACGCUGACCCCAAGCCGGCAGGAGACGCAACUGAUGGCCAGGAGGCGGCUGGCGCGGCGUUGAGGCUGGGCGGCGGCGGCGCGGGCACGGGCGCGGGCGCGGGCGCCCUGCUGGCUGGCGGUCGCAGCGGAGCCGCGCUUGCAUGGCUGGCGGUGCAGGAGGGCGGCAAGCAGCUGGUGGCGGGGCGGUUGCGGACGCACCUGGGCGGACCCACGCAGACGCUGGGAGCGCUGGAGCGCAUGCUGCAGGCCACCUACAGCCGUCUGACCCAGGAGCGGCGCGAGGCACGCGGCGUGGCACCCUCGCUCCCCCUGCGCAGUUCCACCAGCCGCGACGGCGCCUGGCUGCUGCUGGAGCUGGUGGGUGGGCUGGAGCGAGCCGUGGCGGCCGCAGCGGAGGGGCUUGACGGCGGCCGGCGAGGCGGCGGCGGAUCGGGCGAGGCGUCCGAGUCGAAGGCGCAGGUGCAGGUGCAGCAGGCGCUGCCGCAGCACGUCCUGGCAUUCUUUGCUGCGAACCGAAAGGUAUGCGAGGAGUGGUUCGGGCGCUGCCGCGAACUGCUGACGCGGAUCGCCGCUGCGUCCGGCGCCCAUCACGCCGCCAUGCAGCACGGCCUGGCGCGCCUCCGCGACCUGCGCUCCACCCAGCGCUCCCUGCUGGCCAGCCUAGCUCAAGAGCGCCGCGCGGCUGUCGCGGGCGCGGCUGGAGCGGCCGAUACUGCCGCAGCGGCGGCCGCCGCCGCUGCCGCGGCGACGGCAGCAGUCGCGGCGGCUGCAGCGGUGGCCGCAUCCGGCCGCCAGGCUGGCGGCCGGCAACUGCAGCGGCGUGGAGGCGGCGCCGCAGCCGCAGCCGCUGGCACUGGACCCGACACCGACACCGCGGCAACGCAAGCCGCUGCCUCGUCCUCGACCGCGGCUUCUCCUGGACCCGGCGCUGCUGCUGCUUCGGCUGCGGCUAGCCCGGCUGUAGCGGCGCUCGAGUCCAGCCUCCAUCGGCUCGGCUUGGCAGUGACGGAGCUGUUGAAGCUGGUGGGGGCAGCCAUGCUGGCGGCGGGCGAGGCAGACAGCAUAGCGGGCCUGCAUGCCUGGGCGGCGCGCGAGUUUGAGCCUUUGCUGCGGGGUGCACACCUACCCGGCGGCUCCGCCAUCGCCGCCGCUGCUGCGGCUUCAGCUGCGGCUGCUGACACCGUCGCCACCAGCACGUCACGUAACGCGCGCUCCCGAUCUGGAACGGCCUCGUCAACAGCAGGUGCAGCUGCAGCAGCGGCGGGAGGCAAGGAUGGCGCGCCCAGCCCGUCAGGCAGCAGCGUGCCGCGCCGCCGUGGUGAGGCGGCGGCUACCCGGAGCGGCCGCAGCGGCAGCGCUGGCAGUGCCGGUAAUGCCAAGCCGCCGCACAAGGACCCGUUUGCCUGGCUGCAAGGGCUCCGACUGCAGGCCUCCGGCUCGUACGAGCCCGCCCUGCUUGCCUACAACGCCUUCCUCGCCGCGCCACAGGCCGGCAGUAGCAGCAGUGGCAGUAGCGGCAGUAGCGGCACUGGCAGUAGCACCGGGCAACCGCAGCCGCAGCAGCAGGCGGCGGCGCUGGAGCUGGCGGCGGCGGCGCAGGGCUUUGUGGUGGAGCGGGUGGCGGAGUGCUAUGCGGCGCUAGCGGACUGGUCUGGGCUGCAGGGCCUGGUGAGUGCCUACUCCCGCUCCGCAUCUGCCGCUUCCACCGCCUCAGCCAAUGAGGCGGGCGGCGAAACCGGCAUCAGCACGGCGCCCGCCGGCUCGGCCACCGCCUGGUGGCCUCCCACCGCCGCCGCCAUCCAGCAGCGCUUCAGUGGCCUUGCGGCGUACGACAGUGGGGGUGGCGUGAUCCCGUAUGAGGCGGCCCAGGGCGCCCUUUCGCCGGCCGACCCCAACACGCCGCUCCUGGCCGCUCUGCACGCCAUGACCGCCGCUGCCGCCGCCACCGGCGCCGCUAGCAGCGCGGUCGCAGCCGCCACUGCAGCUCAGCAGCAGCAGGAGCAGCUGGCGGCGGCGCGCGGUGGCGUGGCGGCGGCGCUUGGCCGCUGCGCGGCGCAGCUGCGAUCCGCAGCGCUCAGCGAACCCGGUUCCCAAAAAGAGCUGCUUCUGCGACUGAGCUGCCUGCGCACCGCUGCGCGCGGCCUAGACCAUGCCCUCAGCAUCCGCAAUCAGCGCCACACACACAACCAACAGCACCAGUCGCAGCAAGCGUUUGCAACAUGGGCCGGCCUGCUGGCCCUGCCGAUUGCUUCUCACAGCACGGGCCCUCUGACAGCGUCACCGGCUGCAACUGCGGCAUCGGGAGCCGCGGCGGCGCCGCAGCUGCUGCUGGGCCGUACGCUGUUAGGACCCGACGGGCUAAGCUUGCAGCCGGGCGUGCUGCGGGAUGCGGGGCUGACGGCGGCGCUGCUACGCCCUCUUCGCGCCACCGAGCACGCCGCUGGAAUGGGAGGUGGCGCCAGCGCCAGCGGCACCGGCAGCGGCGUUGUCUGGGCGCUGUCAAUUGAGGCGCUGCGCGCCGCCGCCACCAGCAACAACCUGGGCUUGGCGGCGAAGACGGCGGCGGCCCUGGCGGCUGGCGGCGAGGCUGGCCCCGGCGGCCGCGCGGUGUUGUCUGUGGUGCAUAGCCUACUGAGCGCGUACGGCGCCCCGGGGCGGCUGCAGCCAUCGCAGCUGGUGGAUCUGCAGCUGCGUGCGCUGCUGCCACACCUUCAGCCCGCCGCCAUCGGCGCCGUCACCACCCCCGCCACCAGCGCCGCUGACGCCGACGACUUGGCGUGCGCGCUGGUGACUCUGGGCCGCUGGAUGAGCAAGUCUGGCGCCGUGUACAGCCACGCCCUGCUCGUGCAUAGGCAGCAACAGCAGGCGCUGGCGGCGGCGGCCACGUCACCAGGGCGGCCGGCGCCGCCGCCGGGCUUUGGCGCGCCGCCGCCGGCACCGCCGCAGUGGCAGGGCGCUACGGACUGGGCCGGUCUAAGCCGGGCCCUGCUCGAGCAGCUUGGUCGGCCACAGGCUGCACAUGUCGUUGUCGGUGGCAGUAGCGGGGGCGGCGUCGGCACGGCUGCGUUUGCUGUUCCGGAAGCCCUGCUGGUGGGUGCACCGCCUCACCCCGGCAGCGCUACCGGCGCGCCAACGGCCACUGCCGCCGCCGCCGCCGCCGCAUCCGUCACGCUGCGAGCGCUGCAGCUUUCUCCGGGCUGUAGCAGGGCGUGGCGCGCCUGGGGGGACCUGCUGCUGCGAGCCACGAAGGAGCAGCGUGCCAGGGUGGCAGCGGCUACUGCCGCCGCUGCUGCUACAGCUGGGCGCGAAAGCAGUGGCGGCGGCGCCGCCGCCGCCGAUGCAGCUGGCGAGAUGGCGGCGGCGGGGUACGGCGCGGCGGCGGCGGCGUACUGCCGCUACCUGGCCUUGUCGUACAGCGGUACGGAGCCGGGCGGCGGCGGCGCACGGGCGGACGAGACGCUGCCGGUGCUACUGCAGCUGCUGCACAUCGUGCUCCGCCACGGCGCCGCGCUGGAGUCCUUGCUGGCGGCGCAGCUGGCCGCGGUGCCGCCCGCCGCCUGGGCCGCCGUCAGCGCGCAGCUGCUCGCGCAGCUGCCCGGCGCGCGCGGCGCAGCGCGGCGGCUGCUGGCGGCGCUGCUGCGUGCAGUGGCGGCGGCUGCGCCGUCGCUUGUGCUCUACCCGGCGGUGGUGGAGGUGCGCGCAGCAGACGCGGCGGCGGCGGCGGCGGCCGGCACCGAUGACGGCGACGUCGGGGAGGAGGGCACCUCGGCCUCGCCGUCCCCUGCUGCCUCUAUGGUCCCGGAGCUGAGGGCGCUGCUGGCGGAUCUGGGCCGCUCGCGCCCUGGGCUCCUCGCGGGCGUGCAGACGCUGGUUGGCGAGAUGGUGCGCCUGACAGUGCUGUGGGAUGAGCGCUGGGCAGCCCUGCUGGCGGAGGUGGAGGUGGAGAUAUCAAGGAGGGCGGUGUCACUCCAGGCCGAGGCGGCGCGCGUAGCUGAGGACAGCUCCCUGUCUCCCGCACAGCGCCAGGCGCUACUCGCCUCCCGCUACCAGACCCUGAUGGCGCCCGCGGUGGUGCUGCUGGAGCGGCAGCUCCGAGCCACAGCGGCGGCCGCCGCCGAGACGCCGCACGAGCGCCGCUUCGCGGCCACAGUGCUGCCACGCCUGCGCGCCGCCGCCGCCGCGCUGCGCGACCCCGAGGGCGCGGCGGCUGCCGCCGCGGUCGUGGGCGGCGCAGGUACGGCCGCGCCGAGCGCGCCGGUCGUGCGCGACUGGGCGCGGCCGGUGGCGGCGUGGGCGCCGCUGCGUGCGGCGGCGGCGGCGCUGAGCCGCUCGCAGCGGGACCCGCUGCCGCCGCUGGCGGAGCUGUCGCCGGCUCUGGCGGCGCUGAAUGACACGGAAGUGCCAAUGCCGGGGCUCGCUGACGGCGAUGGCGCCGACGGCGGCAGCGGCUACGGUGUGCCCGCCACGUGGGCGCUAAGCGCAGCCUCGGGCGACGCGCUCCCGCACCCGGGCGCGGCGUUCAGCGCCGCGGCGGCUGCCGCAGCGGCGGGCGCGGGCGGCCCCGGCGCUGGGGGCGUGAGCGUGGCGGGCGUGUCGAGCGAGGUGACGGCCCUGGCGACCAAGACGCGGCCCAAGCGGGUGGCGCUGUUGGGCAGUGACGGCGGCAGCUAUGGCUUCCUGCUCAAGGGGCGCGAGGACCUGCGCAUGGACGAGCGGCUUAUGCAGGUGCUGCGCGCCGCGCGGUCGCUGCUGUCCACGGACGCGGACUGCGCCGCGCGCGGGCUGGCGGGCUGUGUGCGGGCCUACAGCGUGACGCCGCUGGGGCCGCGCGCGGGGCUGCUGCGCUGGGUGCCGGACACCACCUCGCUGUUCGCCGUGUUCAGGUCUUGGCAGGCCGCCACGCUGGAACGCCACGCCGCCAUGGCGGCUGCACGGCAGGAGGGCGCGGCCAAGGCGGCGGCGGAGGGCGCGCCGCCGCCGCCCGAGCUGGAGCCGCCGCCGGCCGCCGCCACCAGCCGACCCAUGGACCUGUUCUACAGCAUGCUGGUGCCUGCGCUGACGGAGCGCGGCCUGUCCAGCGCCACGCCGCGCCGCGACUGGCCGCCUGAGCUGCUCCGAGCCUUGUUCUCCCGCCUGGCCGCCGCCUCGCCCCGGCAGCUGCUGGGGCGCGUGCUGUGGGCGGGCGGCGGCAGCGCUGCGGGCGCCUGGCGGCGCCAGCAGCGCUACGCGCGGAGCCUGGGCGCGACGAGCGUGGUGGGGCACUUGUUGGGCCUGGGCGACCGGCACCCCGACAACGUGCUGCUGGAGGGGCGGGGCGGGGGCGUGGUGCACAUCGACUUCAACGUGUGCUGGGACAAGGGCUCCAAGCUGCGGGUGCCGGAGGUGGUGCCGUUCAGACUGACUGGCAUGAUGGUGGCGGCGCUGGGAGUGGGCGGUUUGGAGGGAAGCUACAGGGCUGCGGCGGAGGCGGCACUGGGCUGCCUGCGCCGGCGUCGGGACGCGCUGGUGGGCCUGGUGGACGCAGUGCUGAGUGACCCAGGGGUGGACUGGGCGGUGGAGCGCGAGGAUGCCGCGGCGCGAGAGGACAUGGAGCUGGCGGUGGCGCUGGGGCUAUUCGUCAGCAGGGCUGAAGAGGUGCAGCGGCAGCUGGCAGCCAUGGAGGCGGCCCUGCCGGGCCUGGUGGAGGGAGGCGGAGCGGGUGGCGGCGGCGAGGGAGGUGGUCUGGAGGGUGCCGGCGUGGACGGCGGCAGCGGCACAGGAGCGCUGGCUUCACUGCUCGGGUACGUGGAGGCCCACGGCUUUGCGGAGGCGCUGCGCGCGGCGGCGGCGGAAGCGGAGCAGCGUGUGGCGCAGGCCAAGGCUGCUUUGGAGGCGGCGGCGCGGAGUGAGGCGGAGGCCCGCGCCAUCAUCGCCGCCGCCGCGCAGGAGGCUGCCAGCCUGUCGGCGGACGCGGCGGCGGUGCGGGCGGCUCUGCCGGCGGCCCUGGCCCAGUGCGGCGGCUGGGCGCAACAGCACAGCACAGCGCUGGGCGCUGUCAGGGACGGGGCAUACCUGGAGGGCACCAUAGCGGCCGGUGGCGGCACCCGUGGUGACGGCGGCGCCACGGGCGCAUCAGGCGGCGGCGACCAUGCCGGCUCGUGGCGUGCGGCCGAGAGCGGCGCGGCCCUGGGGCUGCUGUCGCCGCUUGCGGUCGCCCCAUUACCGCAGGUGACGACAAGCAAUGCCGCUACCCAACCUGGGCUGCUGCUGGCGGUUGUGGGCGGUGACGGCUCCGCACUCAACCAAAUGCCCGAGGAGCUGCUGUGUAGCUGCUCGGAGCUGGACGCGCAGGGCGCGGAGCUGCUGCGCCGCCGCGAGGCCUUGCUGGGCGGCGCGCUGGCGGCGCUAGAUCAGUACGGCGUUGUCGUACGGAAGCUCAUGCCGUACAGCUACCCCGCGUCCAGCUACCACCACCGCUGGGCGGCAGCGCUGUCGGCGCUGGCGGCGGGAGGCCUGACGCUGCCGGCGGUGGCCGCAGCGCAGGCACUAGCGCCACGGGAGCCGCGCCCUGCCGAAGUGCUGGCGGCGUGGCAGGCGCUGCGGGGCGCACAGCGGCUGGCCACAGCGGCAGUGCUGGUGCUGGCGCCGGCGUCGCCGGACGCGGAGACGGCGAGGGCAGGCGUCGUCGGCGGCGCGCGCGUGGCGGGGCGGGAAAUGGCGGAGGCGGUAGCGGCGGCCGCGAGGGCCCUUGCGGAGGCGCAGGCGCCGCCGGCGGCGGAGGCGCGAGCGCUCGCCGCAAGCAUGGGCGUCGUCAGUGGGAGCAUUGGAGGUGGCACCGCCGCUGCCGCAGCUGCGUCUGACCUCAGCGCCCAGCUGGCGCGGCUGUUAGACCGCCGCCCUGUCCAUUUGCAGCAGCAGCAGCAGCAGCAGCAGGCGCAAACGCAGCUGCAGGCGGACCCGGCGGCGGCAGCGGCCGCCGCCGCGGCGCUGUGUAGCCUGCUCCGCUCCUCCCAGUCGCGCCUGCGCCCCGUGCUCCUGCGCGCCAACCCUGCUACAGCCGCUACAGCAGCCGGCGGCCCCUCCAGCGCUGGUGCCGCGACCGCUGUCGUCCUCACGGACCUUGUCCGCCUGAGCGGUGAGGCUGUAGCACUGGCAUCAGUGUUCAGCGCCGUAGUUGCAGCCGGCCUCGGCCCAUCGCUGCAGCUGCUGCCGGUGUCGGGCCAUCAGCACCCACACGCGCCGCACGCCCAACAGCCGCGCCGGCCUGUCAGCUUGCCCGGGCUCGGCGCCACGGGGGCAGCCGGCGUGUGCCCUGUGCCCUGGCUAGCGGCGGCGGCGGACGCCGUGGGCCGCUGGGUGGAGCUGCAGCAGCGGCUGGCGGCCGACGUUGCGCCAGAGCUGGCAGGCCAGCUGCACGUUGGUGGCGGCGGUGGCAGCGGCGGCGCCGCGGAUGCUUCUGCGGCGGCUGCGCCGCCGGCCGCACUGGCAGCGGCAGUGGCCGACCUGGGCCGCCUUGUGGCUCCGGUGGAGGAGGCGCUGGCGGCGGGCCGGGAGUGCCACACGCGGCUGUCGGCGCUCGCGGAGCUGACGGCGACGUACCCGCACCGUGUGGCGGAGCUUGCGGCGCGGCUGGCGGCAGCGCGGAUGCCCGCGGACCGCGCCGCCGUGGAGGCGGAGGCAGAGGCGCUGGAGGCGGCGUGGGCGUCGCGGGAGGCGACUGUGGCGGGCCUGUACGCGGCCGCUGCCGGCGCGGACGAGGCUCUCGUGGAUGCGCUGCGGCGGCUGUAUGGUGCCGUACUGGGGCCGAGCCACGUGCCGAAGGAGCUGCUGACGUGGCGCGUGAGCGACGGCGCGGCGGCGGCGCCGCCGUUUGAAGGAUACGCGGAGCGCGGCUGGGGAGACGGCGAGGCGGCAGCUGGCACCAAUGGCGGCGGCGGCACUGAGGCGCACGCAGCGCUCUCAUCCCUGACGGCGUGGUGGGAUGCAGCCGUCGCGGCAACCGAGGCGGUUGACGUCGCUGCCGGCACCGCUGACCCCAUCGACGCAGCCGACGCUCACACGGUGUCCUCUCGAAAGCAGCUGCCGCCGCCCAUGCGGCCGCUGUGGCGCUUCGCGGCGGUGGCGCGGCGGACGCUGGCGGCGGCACAGGCUCUGCUGCGGGUGCGGCUGGCGGCGCAGCCGGGCUCAGAUAAUGCCUUGGCUGAGGCUUACGCGGCUGUGCUGCCGGCAAUGGCGCGCGGUGCGGCAGAGGUCCUCGGCGGCGUGCUUGGUCGAGCCAUGGCGGCGGCAGGGCCAGUUCUGUUGGUACAGCUGGCCGAGGCGGAGGCGGCGUUGCGGCAGCAAGCCGCGUCAGCAGCUGCCGCAGCGGCAGCGUUGCCGCCGCCAACCUCCGCAGCAACAGCAGCAGCAGCGGCGGCUGCUGCAGCUGGCGACCUGGUUCCGUUCACGGGCUUUGACCCCGAUGUGCCGGGUGCGGGCGAGCUGCUCGGCGCACUGGAAGACGAUGCCGAUGCCGAUGAAAUGGGCAUGGGCGGCGGUGAUGGCGACGGCUACGACGCCGCGAUGGGAGUCGGAGGGGAGAGCGGCGAAGCCGACGUCCUGGGUGACGGUAAUGAGGGAGAGGAUGAGGGCGGCCUUGAUCUGGGGCUGGAUCUGGAUCUCGACGACGGUUUUGGCAUGGACGAUGAUGACCAGGAUGAUCUGUACGGAGCCACCGCGGACCUGGAAGAGACGGCGUCCGUGGCGACGGCUCAGUCCGGGCAGAGGCCCGGCGGCACCGGAACAGGGGCUGUCGCCGCUCAGCCGCCGCCGUCAGUUGAGAUGGUGGUGCGACUCAUGGAGCGACUGACUGCGGCUGCCGCCGCCGCCGCCUCAGCCGCGUGCGCUGGAGCCGUGGACCCCGCCGUAGCCGCGUCCCCCGCUGCUGUAGGCGCCUCGGCAGCCUCCGUGGCGCCCGGCGGCUCGGGCUGGGUGGCUGGCAGCGCCGCCACCUCUUGCCGCGCCGCUCGGCUGCACCGCCUGGCGGCACUGGAGUGGUGCCGCGAGCACAUCCUCGCAUCCGUGCUGCAAGGCGACCCGCGCCUAGGCGCCGCGCUGGCGCAGUUCUUCGCCGCUGGUGGCGCAGCACGCGACCCGCUGCAGCCCAGCGCGCGCAGCACGCUGCCGGCAGCCGGGUUCAGCCGCAGCGCCGUGCUGGGCGCGCUGGCGGCGGCACUGCGCGGGCUGCCCGAGCUUGAGCGGCAGCUGGCAGUCUGGGAGGCGGGCGGCGGCAGCGCCGCAACGCAGGUGGUGGCGCUGCUUCGAGGCACGCCGGCAGCGUUUGCGGUGGACACGGCGGUGGCGGCCCAGAGGGCGGGCCAGCUGGCGGCGCGCCGGGCGGCGUGGGCGGCGGACAGCCGGGCCCUGGCGCUGCGCGUGUGCCAGGUGUCAGAGGCACUGGUGCAGUUCGAGUAUUCGCGCCAGGGCCUGCUUUGGUCCGCAGCUGGCAGCGGUACCGGUGCUGCCACAGCCGCUGCUGCAACCAGCGCCACGGUCCAGGGGGGCGCCGCGCUCGCUGUCGACGGCUUUGCGCCGCAUGCGCAGCUGCUGGCGCGGGCAGAGGUUCUGGCGACUCUGGGCGGUGGCGGCGGUGAGGCGGGCCGUGCGGCAGCGGUGGCGGAGGCAUCUGCGCGUGCUGAAGAGGCGGCGCGGCAGGCUGCAGACGCACGCUUUGCGGCGGAGGUGGCGCAGUACGAGGCGGUUUCCGCACGCAGCCAGCUGGAGGCCCACCUGCCGGCGCUGGUGUCGCGGUCGCUGGACCUGGGCGUGGCGGCAACGGAGGCGGAGCCGCUGGUGCGGGCGCUGGGGCAGCUGCUCAGUGCCAAGCUGGGCCCGGCGCUGCAGGAGGUGGUGGCGGUGGCUGCGCAGCACAACGCUGCCACCGACGUGGCCUCCGUCGCCGCUGCCGUCAGCGCGCGCUUCGAGCGCUGCCGCGCCGCGGUGUCGGUGCUGGCGGCGGCGUUGCCGUCGGUGGCGGCGGCGCUGGCGGCGGCGGACGCGACGGCGCCGCUGCCCGCCGACAUGACCACGGAGGUUGGCUUCCUGUCGGCGCAGCUGCUCGGCGGCGAGGCGGCGGCGGCGGCGACGUCGCGGCGCGCCCUGGUGCUGCUGCAGCACAUGGCGGCCACGGCGGCGGAGCUGCAGCCCAACGCACACGUCAUACUGGAGCUGCCGCGCGCCACGGCCCACUUGUCUUCGGAGCUGAGCGCCCUAGCUGCUGCUGCAGCCUCCAUCGCAGCCGCGGUGCAGUCCAAGCACUUGCUGCCGGCGGCGCUGCAGGAGGAGGCGCCGACAGCGACAACGACGACCCCAGCGCCUUCUGCCGACCAUCAGCAAGAGCACGAACAGGCACAGCAGGCACAGCAGCCGGAGCAGGAGGCGGCGACGGCUGGCGGCGCUAUCCCAUCUACUGCCAGUCCCGCGAUGCCGCCAGCAGCGGCGGUGGCACCGGUGCCCGAUGAGCAUGUGCAGCACCACCGCUCCCGCCGCAGCGCAGCGGACGAGGCGCGCCGUCGCGCCUUCGCCGCCGCAGCGCUGCGCCGGUUCGCGUCCAAGCUGGAGGGCCGUGAGGGCGCGGCCGCGCUUGCUGGUGCUGGGGGCGGGCAGGCGGGUGUCGCGGCAGGCGAGGGCGCAGCUGCCGCCGGCGGCAACGCGCUGUUGAGUGCGGCGGAGCAGGUGGAGCUGUUGGUCCGUCAGGCCACGGACCCAGACCGGCUGUCCCGCAUGUACGAGGGAUGGGCGGCGUGGCUGUAGGCGCAUGCGCGGGUGCUGACGUGUGUGUGUGUGUGUGUGUGUGUGUGUGUGUGUGUGUGUGUGUGUGUGUGUGUGUGUGUGUGUGUGUGUGUGUGUGUGUGUGUGUGUGUGUGUGUGUGUGUGUGUGUGUGUGUGUGCGCGUGCGUGUGCGCGUCACGGACGAGAGCACAAAACACGGGAGUAGCGGUUGGCUGCCCUUGUGGCUCCCAUGACAGUAUGGCGUUGACGGACACGCGCGCGGCCUGUUGUACUGUGUGUGACGUCUGGCAUUCUGGCUAUCUAGCUUCAUGAUGACGGACUCUCCACAAAAGCCUUGAUGACCGGUAACUAAAGCAGAUUGGAGUUGUUUGACAUGAUCAGGCCUGUCGUCGACAUAUGACACAUGCAUACCGUUAUAAGCGACCUGCAAGCCCCGAUAUUGCUGUGUAUGCACGCUCCAUCCCAAUGCGGUGCCAUGUUGGUGUUAGCGUGACAGAGGGUGCGGCAGGUUGGAGGGAACCUACGAUCUCCCCUGUGCACGCAGGCUGGACUCUGUUCCGGUUGCAGGCCUGCGCCUGCGUGUGGUGGCUUUGCGUCGGUGUGUGCGAGUCGGCAGACAUGGUACCACGUUGCGGGUUGCUAUCUAGUCGCUGCGCGGAGGUUGCCGUGGCAGGGCGCUGGGCAUCUUGCUAGGCGGGACCUCAGGCCUCGGGCCUUCGGGGAGGCAACACUGAGGAGUGUGGUGGUGCUUGAGAGGUUGCCCGCUAUUGCAACGGUCCCCAACGCGGGUUCCCUACGUGCUAUCCAAAUCCGAGUCCUAAAACAGCGUCAGGUCAGCCCCACAGUUUGUAAGGACUGCGCGCA